AUGGAACCAGUUUUCAAGAAUAGAGUGAAUAAUACUAAUCUUACCAACAGAGAAGACAAGUCUCAGGGAAGCUGCGCCGGUGCUCUUCCGUUCGGAACUAAGCGACAAUUACCAAAAGCAAAGAUUGACCGUUCAAGAACCUUUCGUUGUAGAUAUUCAACUAUUCCCACCGAAGAGUACAUGUACAAGAGUACCCGGGAAGGAACACUAAGUACUGAAGAAGGAAGAAGCUUGGGAAGAGUACUAGAGAAGGGUUCUUCUAUCUCCUCUCUAUAUGUUGAGUUAUAUGCUGCAUACAGAAUAUUGAAGGACAGUAAAAUGAAGAGAGACAAUUGUCGAGGAGCAAGGACAAGGAGAAGGAGAAGGAACAGGACCAAUGUGCUUCUGCCGUUGGAUUUAAUCUUGCACAUCCUGUUGAGGUUGCCGGUUAAGUCUCUAGCUCGUUUCAAAAGUGUGUGUAAAUCAUGGUUUUCUUUAAUCUCUGAUUCCCAGUUUGCAAUAUCACAUUUUGAACUAGCUGCAGCAUGCACGGAGAGACUUGUGUUCUUGGAACCUAUUGUUCCUGAAUUCCGGUCCAUAGACUUAAAUGGCUCUCUUCAUGAUCCUUCUGCUUCGGCUGCAUUAAACCUCAAUUUUAUGUCCCCAGAAUCCACUUAUGUUCAAAUCCUUGGUUCUUGUAGGGGGUUUGUACUUUUGGACUGUUUCCAAAAUCUCUGUUUGUGGAAUCCAUCAACAGGUAUCCACAAACAAGUGUGUCAUUCACCUAUUGCAUCGGAUAUGGAUACCAUGCUUUACACGUUUCUCCAUGGUUUUGGGUAUGACCCUUCAACAGAUGACUACUUGGUGGUUCAAGGUUCCAUCAAAGUUGACUUAGAAGGUGAUACCCGUGUGGAGGUUUUCUCUGUCAGAGCUAAUGCGUGGAAAGAAAUUGAGGGCAUUCAUUUGUCUUACAUGAAUUGCUGUGAUGAUAUGAAACCCGGGGUGCUCUUUAACGGUGCUAUUCAUUGGUUGGCUUUUCGUUAUGAUGUGUCACUGAAUGUUAUUGUUGUUUUUGAUUUAGCAGAAAGGAGUUUCUCAGAGAUACUUCUGCCUGAUGAUUUCAUAAGCCAGCUUGAUUUUUGCCAUUUGGCAGUAUUUGGAGACUUUCUUAGUAUAUGUGUUGUGGGGUGUCAAUGUCCAGCAGAUAUAUGGGUGAUGAAAGAGUACAAAAUGCAGUCAUCUUGGACUAAGAGUGUUGAGGUGUUUGUUGAUGAGAUUCCUACUCAACAGUUCACCCCAAUUUGCUCUACAAAAAGUGGUGAUAUUGUUGGGACAGAUGGAGCUAAUGGAUUGGUGAAAUGUAACAGUGAAGGACAGCCUCAAGAGCAUCGAUCCUAUUGCAAUAGUCGACAUGCAUCCCAGGUGGCUUUGUAUACCGAGUCACUACUUUCACUCCCUUGUGAUAGUGAUCAAGCUGAAGAAGACUAA